AUGGUCAGAAGCCCGAGAAUUCUGCCAUCAGUGUGGGAAGCACACAAGGAUACUAUAGAGCGCGUGUACAUGACCGAAAAAGGGACCCUUCACUUACUGUCGGAGGGUAUGGCUGCUAUACAUGGCUUCGAGGCGUCACAUAAGCAGUAUCGAAACAUUUUUACCAAAUGGAGGUUCGACAAGAACAACGUAUCGGACGAAACCCCGGGAAACAACAGAAAGAGAGUAGCACAAGCACUUCCGCACCCGGUCUAUACGCCUUUCAAAAUUGUGGUUUCUUGGACGCCUCGUCCACCAAGGUUCCGGUGGUAUGGCGAAGAGGAAAGACAACUUUGGAAAAUCAAGGUAGCGACAGACAACAUCAUCAAUGGUUCAUUCGGGUCUACCCAUUGGAAAUGGACUCCGAAUAACUUCUCGUUCUUUGAAUCGCCCAUUGGAUUGACUCUAUCGUAUCAGUGGCAAUCGGUAGAAUCCCUAUGCACAGCCAUCACGGACCUUUCAGGGAACGGUAUUCCAUUAUUCCUCAAGAAAUGUCUUGAACUUCUUUUCCAUCGCAUUGAAGACUUGAACGAGACAUUGAGUAAAGAAUGCUUUUUGCUCCAGAUGGUUUAUAUCUGGAGGAUAUGUCUCAACCUUACCAAGAUUCGACUACCUUUGCCUACCUAUGAGCUACCAAACUCAACGUACCCCGUUUCAAUUCACCCACUCGCCCCGAGUUUCUUGCAUCUUCUUGACACAAAACUAGCUGCCAAGUUUGGCCCAGACGAUCCUACAUGCCAAGUUAUAUCUUCUCUUCUUUUUAUUUUCCGUUCUUCGCCCCAGAGGUUCAAAACCGCUUUGCAACUCGGUUACCGCAUGACCAUCAAGGUGUUCGAGAAUAGGCUAGGCCCCAACAACAACAUGGUUUUGAAGAUGUGGUCACACUUUGGUAGAGUCUGUGGACGAACUAUAACACUUAGACUCGAACCAACAGAGUCUAUUUGUAGACAAUUCACUACCUAUAUCAAGAGUAUUGGUGAACAGGUCACACCAAAGUCCCUUUGCUAUCUAUCGGGUCUAGCGGAGAUGGCUGUUGCUGAGUCGAGCCACAGGCUUGGCAACUUAAGCCAGUACGAAGUCAUGAUGCCUAACGAGGGUGGCCAUCACCAGAUGGAAGAUAUCACGAGGCUACCAUCUGAGGAGGAAAGAUCCUAUCAACUCGAAGACAUCAUAAUGAAACUAAGACAUAUGGUAAUGGGGAAGUUACAGGUUACUGAUAAGUUGGAUGACAGCCUGGCAGUCGAAGUCUUUGUUUACACAACCAAGCUUCUGGCUUUGAAACUAAACCGCCAGUUUGCGUCGAGUUACAGACUAAGGCUUCUGGAUGAUUCCAUAAAGAUUUUACGAGGAGGAGGAACCGACUGCAUCCUUUGGGCUUCGACUUUGUCGAAAGAGAGACUACACAUUCUGGCCGGCGAAAAGGAAUGUAAAGAAUUGCAUGAUGAGAAAGCCCGCUUGUCAGCUAUCAGAAAGGCAUUCUCAAUACCAAAUUUCGUUAUCUCAUCAGGAAGCCGGGGAAUUGCGAGAUUAGAAGGUGUAAAGUUAUUGAGUAAGCAGGAGCUAAAGGACAGGGAAGACUUGCGUAAAUAUCUGGACAUGCUGUGUUUUGAUGUAAUGUUCUUCUGA